CCCAUCCUCAUCCAUCCCUCUCCCUCUGGCGCAUGUCGACCCGCUCCCGCGCCCGCGGCCAUGCGCCGCGCCAGGCGUCCGAGCCGUGCAUCAGCACCAGCGCGCUCGGCGAGGGCGAGACGGAGCGCACGCCCUUGCUCGCAGCCUCCACAUCUGCCUCGCACCCGGGCCUCACCGCCUCCAGCAGCGCCACCAGCACGGCGGCCAACAGCGCCAAUGACCUCGAGGCACGCUGGUCGCGCUGGAAGAGCAAGGUGGCACGCUUUGCACAGGGCAAGCGCCGCGCUCGAGAGGACGAGGAGCAGCUCGAGCCGCGCCUGCUCGUCUCCGUCUUCGACGGCGCGGGCGCAGAUGAGGCGCAGCAGGAGGAGCAGGGAGAGGACGGCAUCUCGGAGAAGGAGCUGUGGCACCAAGUGUCGCAGGUGCGCGCCGCCAUAGCGCAGGGCCUCUAUCCCAAGAUGAUCACCACCGGCUCGUCGGGCUCGUACUUUGCGCGCGCCCGCAUCGCCGUGCCGCGCCACGGCAGCAGCAGCAAGACCGACGCGGUCGUCACGACGCUGGCCGUGUUCAAGCCCAAGGACGAAGAGCCGUACGGCAAUCUCAAUCCCAAGCGUCUCUUCCUGCGCCGCUACUUUUCCUGGGCCAUGGGCCGCCCGUGCUUGAUCCCCAACUUCUCCGCCUAUUCAGAAGUAGGCGCCUCCUACCUCGAUGCGCGCCUCGCAUUGCAUCUCGUGCCGCGCACAGAGCUCGUCUCGCUCGCCAGUCCCAGCUUCCACUACGACUACAAGGACCGCAUGGCGCAUGAGAGACAGGGCAAGGAGCUGCCGGAGAAGCUCGGCUCGUGGCAGACCUUCCUGCCAGGCUACACCAACGCCUCCGACUUUCUGCGCGCGCAUCCCUGGCCUUCGCGCCCGCGUGCACUCCUCGAGCGUGAUCUCGUAGCCGAGGCACGCGCACAUCGCAAGUCGCGCAAGAAGCAGGGCAAGCGGGUGCGCACGUGCCUGGUGGGCGCCAAGCAUUUGCUGCUUUGCAGACAGGGCUGGCAGCCUGAUGAGGAGGAAGAGGAAGAGGAACGGCAGCAGCAGGUCUUGCCGACGAUCUCAGAGGCGCCGACGACGGCACCGCCGAUGCAGCAGCCGGGCUGCGUGGAGGUGGCGGGCGCAAGGGACGUCGUGGCUUCGUUCCAGUGGAACAGCGAGAACAUGCAGAGCUUCCGUCUCGAGCUCGAGAAGCUCGUCUGCCUCGACUAUCUGCAGCGCAACACCGACCGCGGGCUCGACAACUUCAUGCUGCGCCCGUACAUCGACGAGGCCACAGGCGAGAGCCGUGUGGCACUCGGCGCGAUUGACAAUUCGCUUGCCUUUCCGCACAAGCAUCCCGUAGGCAUCCGCAGCUAUCCGAUGGGCUGGCUGUAUCUGCCCGUCGACCUCAUCGGGCACCCGUUCGCGCCGGCGACGCGCACAAGACUCAUCCCUCUGCUGGCGGAUCCGAAGUGGUGGAGCGAGACGAUCGAGGGCCUCAGAGCCAUCUUCUCGCGCGACGAGAUGUUCGACGUGAAGCUCUUUGAGCGGCAGAUGAACGUGAUGCGCGGACAGGGCUGGAAUCUGCUGCAGGCGCUGCGCAACCCUGCUGAGGGCCCGCUGGAGCUGUGCGCACGCCAGAAGCACGUCGUCAAGCAGGAAGUGCUGCGCCUCAGCGAGGCCGAGCUGGCGCGACGCUCGGGCACGCUCUAUCAGCUGCGGCCCGAUGGCCGGCCGAUUCCCAUGCAUCCAGCAGCCACACAGCCGCAGCAGCCUGGAGCUGGCGGUGCACCCACAACAGCAGCCAAAGCUGUGCCGCUCGACGUCAAGCCGCGCCCCUCAGCGUCGGGCAGCAGCUCGCCGGCCGGCGCGCAUCCGCGCUCGCUUCCCGAGACGAUGGAGGGCGUCACUGCAGCAUGGCACAGCGCGCUCGGACAGGACGGCGCGUUCGGCAGCGGCAAGCAGACGCCCGCGUACGAAGGCACGCUGGGCAUCGACGUCGUGGCGCAGGCGGACAAGGUGGCACGCAAGGCUCGCCGGCCGUCGCUGCGCAAGACGCUCACUGGCGCCGUGACGCCUUCGUUCGAGCGCACUCUCUCCUCCUCUUCCAUCCCUGAGGAGGGGAGCGUGCGUGCGCUCAAGCGCAUUCCCGACAACGAGCCGCAGUCGCUCGACGCCGUGGUGCUCGAGGCGGCGCUCGAGGAGGAUCCGAUGGCCUCGUCUACGCCCGCCCUGCCGAGCACGGGCGGUGCUCGCGCUGCUCGUCGCGCACGCUCCAGAGGCAUGAGCGUCAGUGGCUGGAGCAUCACGAGCGAGCGCGUCGGCGCUGCUGGCGCACCUGCGCCGCCAUCAGAGGAGGCAGGCGCCGAGGAAGUCAAGGUCAAGGUCGUCGUCGAGCGUCUCGAGGCAGACGACGGCAUCGCAUGGCAGGCCUGGCUCGGCCUCGGAGCCUAGCAGUCACACCUCGCCUCUCAUCUCACCGCACAUCCGCCGAGUCACCGUCUCAUACCCCGUCCCGUCACGCCCUCGAAGUGUGGAUGCCCGCAAUGGCAGCAUUUGUCUAG